ACGCGCGCGUCGACCACAAAAUAGGAACAGACAAGAAAAAUAUAUAUUUUUCUUUUUCUAUUUUUUGAAUAAAACAAUUAUCAAUACAUAAUAUUAGUGACAUGUGGCAAAUGCAAAAAAAAAUCGUUGCUAUAAUAGUGAAAUCAAUUUUGUAAGUGAAUUGGUGAAAAAGUGUUCAGCGAGAAAAGUAGAAGAGAAAUUUUUCAAGAUGUUUUGAAAAAAAAAAUAGUCUUUAUACGCUGCAAUAAGCAAAAUAUGUGAAAGUGAAAAAUGGCUUUUGUGAAUAACAUUCGCACUUAAGGUAAUAUCCGCCGGAGCGAUCGGAGUAGCAUCGUCAUCUAUGGAUGGCAAAGUGAACAUUCCACAAAAUGAGUUAAAGUGCCGCAAUUUGACGUUUUCGCAACCAACUAACAAAACCAAAAAGCACACAAUAACAAGAACAACAAACACAUCAGUAAGCUCAAUUCAGGCAAUUAUAAUCAUAAAGUGAUUCUUGCAAGCAACACAUCGCCGACCGGAUGGCGAGGUGGUAAGGCAGCGCAACUGUCGCCCGCGGCUCUUGCCCCGAGUAGAACGGGCACGGGAUAGUUACAGUCGUGGUUACUAUGCACGUUACACACGCUUCAAGGGAUGGGUGUCAAACUUUGAGCAGUAACAGCAGCAAUAGCAGCACCAAUAACAACGACAAAAAUAGCAAGAAGCUUGCCGACAUCACGCGCAAAAGUAGCGUAACUAACCAUUCAAUCAGCCAUUGUAAAAAUAGUAACGGCAACACUCAUAAAAAUAGCUGCAACAAGAGUAACGACAACGACAACGACACUGGAAAAGGCAGCAACACGAAGAGUGACAACUGCAAUACACAACAGCUAACGGGCAUUCUACGCCACAGUUGCCAUAGUCACAAUCGUCUCCGCAACGACAAUCACCCACACUUUGCCAUUGAUAACCUAGAAAGGCAUCGAUUUUCCGGCGUCAGUACAGUUGGCAGCAACGUCAUUUGACG